CGUCGACCGUGAUUCGCGGUAGGCCCGUGUAAUAAUCGGUUACGUAGAGCGUAGAGCUUUAACACAGGAACGCCGAAUGCAGCGUAUUGAUAACCUAUUUUCUAAGAUCCCACCGCAAACCACUUGAACCACUUCACUCGUUCAUUUCAUUGGGCUAUAUGAAACGAAAGCACAACACAACAAUCCAACAUUUCAAACGGUCCGGACUUUGGUAACCCUUAACUGAUUUUAAAAUGCUUUUUAGUACAAAUAAUAAUUAAUUAGCAGGCAACAUUUUCACGCGGUAAUGUCAAAGUCGAACGCAAAAUACGAAAGUUACGUCAAACAAAAUCCAAUGAUGUGAGAACACAAGAAACAGAAGUCCAUUAUCAUAUAGAACAAUGAAGUAAUAGAUAAUUCCCUACAGAAAAUUACCUACAAUAUGGAAAGCGUUAAGAAUUUUUCAGUGUCUCUAAUAAAAGGGUUUAUAGAUAGCCUAAGAGGGGUGACAGUCCUGUUAUACCUGGAUAAGGAGAUCAACGAGAAGGCAAUGAGUCGGUCGCCCCACAAAGAUGCAGAGGGUAAACAAAAACAGAAAGCCCCUAAAGUUCAGCACUGGCUAUCAAUAAUCAUCGAGUGGUUUGCUAGUAGAGGUGUUACGGGGGUGAAGAAGUGUAUUUCAGAACCGGAUUCAGAACCAGAUUCAGAACCGGAUUUAGAUCUUAUUUAUGUGAAUUGGAAACAGAGGGAAUCAAAAGUACUUACUAGGGUAUUGCAAUCAUGUAUAUUAAACGGCUUUAUAUUCUUACUCAGUAUAUUAGUAUUUGAAUAUGUGUUGCUACCUUCGAUGAAGUACUUAGUAACGGUUGUGUUUGGUCACAAUCCUGGUGUGGCGCACAAUGUGUGGGGCUGGAUGCAGCCAUUCUUGUCCAUGACUUUCCGGAUGAUAUGGGUGCUUCCAUUGUUCCUAUUGAGCAAGCUGGUCAAUAGCUUGUGGUUUCAGGACAUAGCUGACUCGGCCUACAGACACCGGCGCGGGCGGCCGCAGUUCAUGUCGAGUGUCAGCAAGAUCAUUGCCGACUCCUUGUUCAGCAUACUGGUGCAAGCUUUAUUUUUAGUUCAGAGUAUGCUAGUCAGUAUGCUACCCAUCACAUACAUUGGGGAGCUCCUGUGCCUCGUUCACAUGUGCCUGCUGUACUCGCUGUACUCGUUCGAGUACAAGUGGUUUAACAUGGGCUGGGAGCUGCACAAGCGGCUCACGUUCAUCGAGACCAACUGGCCAUACUUCCUCGGGUUCGGGCUGCCGCUGGCCGUGCUUACGCAGAUACCUCAGUCUUAUAUCAUAAGUGGAUGUGUGUUUUCUAUUUUCUUCCCGGUGUUCAUACUGAGCGGUAAUGAAGCGACACCUGUUAUUGGAAGUGAGUACCCCCUCCGUCUGUUUUCGCCUGUGGUGGCGAUUUCCAACGGAAUGUUCCGUUUCGUGCGGCAAGGGGCCGAGGCCGUCACCCAGCGGAGUAGGUGAUCUUUAACCAUUUAGGGUUAACCUUUUGACCGAUGUCGUUUGUAAGCAGUGUUGAGAAAGGUAAAGCAUAACAAAGAUUCAUUGGAUGUGCAAAAUCUAAGACAAAUUCCUACUUCGAAGUUGACAGCUAAUGUAUAGCUGCACGGCUACGUAACGGGUCUCCCUUGCAAUCCCUAAUAACUUUUGUUCUUAAAUCGCUUGCCCUAACCGUUUGUCUGAAUACCCAUUCAGACCUAGGUAAUGGCCUAAUGCUCAGUCAUAACACUCAUUUGCCAUAAUGUAAUGAUUGUCCUAAAGUCAAUAGUCCUAAACGUUUUUGUUGUAACUAUCAAUAAUCCAACGUUAUUGAGGGUUACAGCAAAAACGUUUUAUAAAAAAUAUAUAGUAUAUAAAAUAGACAUAGACAUUUCGUCCUAAUGCUGUGGCUUCCACGAAAAAACUGUUGCCAGAAAAGUGGAUUAGGUUAGAUUAGAUUACGACUACCACAAAAGCACACUGUUGUCAGAAAAGUGGGUUAGUUUAGAACUGCGACCUUCGCAAAAAAUGAACUGGUGCCAGAAAAGUGGGUUAGGUUAGGUUAGAGCUGCGACCUUCAUGAUACCCAACUGUUGUUAGAAAAUUAAAUAACUAUGGGCCAGGGUAACACUUAUUACAAAUGAUAUUUAUGACAAAUUGCUGUUAGAGAAUAAUAUAUUAGAACAUGAAGUAAUUAUACCAAAUAAUAUUGCGGAUUGCAAAAAAAAAAAAAAAAACUUUCGGAAUUCCGAUAUUUUUUGUUAUUAUAUAUUAGUAUAUUAGUUGACGUUUUAUAGUUAUAUUACAAAAAAACAUAUGGCGUUGUAAGGUCCCAUCUUUAGCUGUCAAACUCGGGGGCGUUAUUUUUUCUUACGCUAUUUUUCUUUUCCUAAAUUACAAUCAAUGAAUCUUUGACUAUAAUUAGCAACAGAAGUGAGUGAUUAAAAAAGGCAAUUGAUAGACAGAUUGCCGAGGUAUCUCUACAGUGUCUGACGUUGCCAGUAAAGUUUUCAGUUUUUACCAAUUUUGGUACGUAACAGUUUGAACUACUUUUGAGCGGUGCCCGACGGGCAGCGAUCAGCGAGAAGCGAUAUUUGCUAGUUUUUUGUGUGCUGGUUAAUUUAUCUUUGAAAAAGUAUUCACUAGCAGUGAGACUCGCGAUCGACGAUUAAUAUGUGUAUAUUUUUUAUUCACAUGACCUCUACAUUUUGUCGUACUUUUUAUGCGAUAAAAUAGUCGAUUGCUACUCGCCUUUUCUGCCAAUCUACCUUACUAUGCCGUUAUUGUAUUAAAAAAGGCUUGCCUGGAUUUGCACUGGUUAUGAGCGGCAGCUUGUAGUAUAAACGCAGGUUAUGAAGUUUACAUAAGGCUCAAAUUUGCUUUUUCUAUUUUGCUUGGCGGUCGAAAGGUUAAUGCUAAUAAACUAAGGCUAAUGGCAACUUUUGUGUAACUUUUUAACACUAGCACGUAGUGUUGACAACUAUCAUAAUUCAUGAGAUAAUAGAUUGGUGCUAGAUAAUUAACUUUACAGUACUUAUGGGGCUACUUUAUAGCACUAGUGCGAGAAGUAGCAUAUUAUGUUACUGUGUCGAACAUUUAAAGGGCCAUAUGUACUGUAAAACGUUGUACGAUACAUGUGCGAAUAGGUAAUUCGCAACUCGUGUCGAUUUAAAACACUCCCUUCGGUCGUGUUUUAAUUUAUCGCCACUCGUUUCGAAUUUCCUAUUUUUCGCACUUGUAUCGUAAUGUACUAUUGUAGUUUUGGUUUAUCGUCAACGUAAGUAAUUCGGUGAAUCAUUAAGAGGGGGCGCCAGCGAGCCAGGAAAUUAGUAAGGGCAAAAGAUUAGGUGCACCGCACGAAACUUGCGACGGAAAUUUUUUCGAUCGCGCGUGUUUUAAAGUUUUUACUCAAUAUCUCUGAAAGUAUACUUCUGUUUAAAAUUUUACUGGUCAAAUCCCUCGGCUUUAUCAUUACACAUUUUAUGAUAUAAUUAUACUGCUAUCUUAUGCAGGGUAAAGCUAUACAAUACGCUAUAAAACUGAAAAUAAAUGAAAAUGAGACAUGUUUUAA